GGUGACGCAUGCGUGGUCUGGCCGAGGGAGAUGGCGACGUUGUCGGAGUUGGAGCUCGAGAAGUCUGACGAGAGAGAUGGCGAGGGAGAGGUUGAUGAUGGAAGCGGCUUUACUCUGGAGGAGGUGCUGCGCCUCGGAGGCACCAAAGUAAGAAAGAGGCCUUGAGGCGGCCAGGAAAGGGGUCCAGGGAGGUCCCUGCGCAUCUCUUUCCUUCCACGUGGUGGGAAAGGGGUGAGAGCCUUGGGUCAGCCUGGCUCUUUUCCCCCGGGAAGGAUGUGCUUUAACAGGCGGAGUUUCUCCAAAAGUCGAAACAAAAUAAAAAAAUUCCUUCCAGUAGCACCUUAGAGACCAACUAAGUUUGUUAUUGGUAUGAGCGUUCGUGUGCAUGCAUCUUCAGAUACAUAAGAUAAGAAUCCAAUGUCUCUAUUCAGACCAGGUCUCUCCAUGGUUUUAAGUUUGGUAAUAAGUUGCAAUUCAGCAACUUCUCUUUCCAGUCUAUUUUUGAAAUUCUUUUGUAAUAAGACAGCUACUUAUACAAGAUCUCAAAGUAGCUGUCUUAUUACGAAAGAAUUUCAGAAAUAGACUGGAAAGAGAAGUUGCUGACAUUGGAUUCUUAUCUCAUUAUACAUGAUAAAGCUAUUUUUAGCCAUUUCUCCCCUUGCUUUUUCCUGUAAGACCAAUUGCAGUUGUUAACAGUUGUCAACAGGUUUACCACACCUAACAGCCAAUCACCCAUUCCCACCACCCUUCUGAGUAAUACCCCUCCCCACCCUCUCACUAUAUAUAAGGGACUGGUGACUUCUGUUUCAGUGUAUCUGAGGAAGUGUGCAUGCACAUGAAAGCUCAUACCAGUAACAAACUUAGUUGGUCUUUAAGGUGCUACUGUAAGGAAUUUAUUUUGUUUUGACUACGGCAGACCAACAUGCCUACCUACCUGUAACUUUCUUCAAAAGGGCAUUCGCCCUGGAAGGAGACGUCAGCUGUCUAAUGUUGGCUUCUCACAUGCUGCCGUCUUUUCAAACUGGUGGAAAUAAAUGGCAGGUCUGCUGCAUGUGUAGCUUGAGGGGUUACACACAUAGUAUGUGGGCAGUGAACAAUUUUUGUUUUCAUUUUUAAACAUCUCCUCCCUCACUGGGUUUUAUACAAAGAACCUUCUGGCCCCAUGCAGACCAACAGAUAAUAUUGUAACAGAAAUGUGUGGCCACAAAUUCUUAUGUCACGACUAGCCUGUUGUCCUUAAUUUUUUUAUGUGCAGCCACUGAUUAAGACAAUUUUUUUCUGAUUUUUGUACAUGGUUUUUAUUAAAACGAAAAAUAAAAAUUGAGCACUAUGAGAGCAGGUGGGACAAUUCUUAAUACUGGAUAGUCCUUACAUUGGUGGAUAUUUCAGAGGUGUGCAAGUAAUUUAGAAGCAGUAAUGGGCAAUGUUGUCUGCAUAUGUUAUAAACCUAUUUGCAAUAUGGAUGUUUUAUAAUGCAUGCACUGUCAAAUGAUGUUAUCCAUGAACACGCUGCUGAGACAACUUGUUACUUUGUUUUAUGCAGCAAGAUUAUAUCAUGCUCGCUGCUUUGGAUGAGACCGAAGAAAUUGUAGAUGGUGGAAAAAAAGGUGCCAUUGAUGAUCUGAAGGAUGGUGAAUUGGAGGCAUUUAUAAAAUCACUGGGUGUGAGCAGCUAUUCAAAAAAAUUCCUGGUUGCAGCAGAUGAAGAAGAAGAAGAGGGAGAAGCAGUUGAAGGAGAACAAAAAGUACGAAAAAAAGAGAAAGUCAACCAAAAGGAAGUAAACAAAACUACAGUAGCAAAAAAAGAAAACCAAGUGAAAGGAAGUAAAGAAAAAAUAGAGUCAAGUAAUGCCCAAGAUAAUAAGAAACAGUCAGUUCCCAAUAGUGCUUUGUUGCUUGGAACAAAAAAAGACAAGGAAGUGGACACUUUUCAGUUUCAUGAGCGGCAGAUACUUCUUAUAAAACCAGGGGGCAAAUGGUAUGAUCUGGAGUAUACAAAUGAAUUUUCUACUGAACCCCAAAAUCAGUCCCUUGUAUCCAAGUAUAAGGCUUUGGCUCAAAAGCUUUACCAACAAGAGGCAGACCUCUGCAAGAGUAAGGCAAAUCUAUGGAAAGGAUCAUCAUCAGCUUGGAUGAAAACUGUAGUAUCAUCAGGGACUCUUGCUGACAGAAUGGCUGCCAUGACCCUUCUUAUCCAAGAUGCCACUGUCCACUCACUUCAGUUUAUAGAGACCCUGGUGAAUCUGAUCAAAAAGAAAGGUAGUAGAAGGCAGAGUUUAAUGGCCUUGGAUACUUUCAAAGAGCUUCUCAUGACACAUCUUCUACCAGACAAUCGUAAGCUGUACACUUUCUCCCAACAUCCUUUUGGCUCUCUGGAGCAGCUCUCAAGUGGCAACAGAGACUCGAGGGACAGGCGCCUGAUCUUGUGGUAUUUUGAGCAUCACCUGAAGCACUGGGUGGCUGAAUUUGUGCAAGUGUUAGAAUCACUGAGUCACGAUCCCCUGGUGGCAACAAAAACCCGAGCUCUUGCUGUUGCGCAUGAACUUCUCUGUAACAAGGUAGAGGAAGAGAAAGCUUUUCUUGUGCAGUUAGUAAACAAACUGGGAGAUCCUCUAAACAAAAUAGCCACCAAAGCAUCUUAUCUGCUAGAGACUCUGCUUCAUAAACAUCCCAACAUGAAAGGAGUGGUGUGUAAUGAAGUGGAGAGGCUUCUCUAUCGAUCAAACAUUAGCCCCAAAGCACAAUACUAUGCCAUCUGCUUUUUGAACCAGAUAGUUCUUAGUCACGAGGAGAGUGAGCUGGCUAACAAACUCAUUACACUCUACUUUUGCUUUUUUCGGUCUUGUAUCAAGAAAAAAGACGUUGAGUCCAAAAUGCUUAGUGCUCUCUUGACCGGGGUGAACAGAGCUUACCCUUAUGCUCAGACUAGUGAUGAAAAAAUAAAGGAGCAGAUGAAUACUUUGUUUAAGGUUUUGCACCUUGCAAACUUCAGCACUAGUAUCCAAGCCUUGAUGUUGCUGUUUCAAGUAAUGGAUUCUAAUCAGACUAUAUCUGACCGAUAUUACACAGCCCUAUACAAGUAAGCAUCACAUACAUUUUAAUGUUUCUAUUAAGUCACGUUUUGUAGAAUAUUUACUGCUGAUCAGUUUUUUUAUGGUUUAUAUGAAUUUAAAUUGUGAAUAUUGUGAUGACAAGAGAACUGCCUUGUCCCCCUUUGCAUAUCAGUAGUUGCCGUGUCUGUUUUUGGCAUUUGAUAGGUAAACUGUUUUGCUUGACAAUUCAUGCCAAUGUAGACAUCUCUAAUGUGGAGGUUUUUUGUUUCGUUUUGGUUAUUAUUGGUAUUCUCCAAUCGAUUAUCCUUUAUUGAAGCAGGGUUGAGCCAAGAGCCUGUUUUUCUUUCUCCUUCCUCUGAACUCAGUUUACAGAACAAUCUUAAGUGGGGUGGGGAUUGAAGUGACGGAUGAUCCAAAGGCUUGCUGGCUUGCACCAUCCAUGGUGGCAGUAGAACAUGCUUCUUUUUGCCUCUGUACUUAUUACAAACUCUUACAUUGCCUUUCCAGUUGAAAGAAAUGGAUGUCCAUGGACCUUUCUGCUGGCAUAGUGGAGGACUCACCAGCAAAAGUCCCAUCCACUAUCCUAACCUGAUUGCCCAUGGAUCUGAGUGUUAGGUUGCUCUGUGAAUGUUUAAAUAAAACAAAUGUAGAGAUCUGAAGGCCCACUUUUACCCAAAUUUUCAAAAACAAAAGGAAAAAGAAUGAAAAAUAAAAUAGGUUCCCCCCCCAUUUUCCUGUCCCCCUCCCAUGCCUUCAGAUAUUUUAUAAAAUGUGACUAAUUAUGGGAUAUUAUUCAUUAAGCAAUGGUCCACUUUAAACUAGGGUGAGUAAAAAAAUCAUUUUGUGUCAACAGUAGUAGUAAAUGAUGCAGCUGUCAUAUGUUGGUCUGUACCGCAAAUUCAGAAGAAUGAGUGAAUUCAUGAGGUUAAUGCUGAUAAUGAUUAUUUUGUUUUUGCAGGAAGCUGCUGGAUCCAGGCUUAGCACUGUGUGCCAAACAGUCUAUGUUUCUCAACCUUGUCUACAAAUCUUUGAAGGCUGAUAUAGUACUGCGGCGGGUGAAAGCUUUUAUAAAGCGAUUGCUUCAAGUCACCUGUGGUCAAAUGCCACCAUUCACCUGUGGAGCUUUGUACCUUGUGUCUGAACUUCUGAAAGUAAAACCAGGGUUACGAGUACAGCUGCAGGAUCAUGUGGUAUGAUAUCCGUCUUAUAAAGUUGUUCUUAGCCUGCCUUUGUACAACUAGCUGUUGACCUCAAUUUUAAAAAAAGCUUUCAAUCCACAAUUUUGGCUUUAUAUGCUAUCCCUGGAAUGUAACUUAUCAGAGUUUUGCAUGAUCACCACACUGGUUUCUUCUUAAAUCUGAUUCAUUUCCUAGGAAUCCGAUGAUGAGGAACAUUUUCAUGACCUUGAAGAAGCUGAAGAAGAGGAGGAAAAACUUGUAGAUGUUGAUGAAGAAACAAAAAUAAUAAAAACAGAAGAAUCUGUGAAACCUCAUGACCCAGCUUCAGGAGCUUCAUGGGUACAUCACCAAAAUCUAGCAGGUAAAAAUUGAAAAAUUGUGAGUGAGAUUCAUCUGGCAGAUGUUGACUGGAAUGUUUCAGGUCCUAGUAGAUGGUAUUAAAUUCUGCAAACUUUAAUCUGAAGGGCGUUACCCAAAGGAAACUUUCCGUAUCCAAACUUGUUUAUGUGGAACGGAGCCAGAGGAAGGCCAUCUGCUAAAAUUGUUUGGGAACAGUGUCAGUAGAUAAGACAUUGCCAGGGUUAUGGGCCAUUGCUGCUGCUGCUGUAUUAACAACUUUCAUGAGACAUGCGCUACUUAAGUGGUGUCCCCCCCCUCCUCUUAGUUAUAUUUCUGUAAGUAAAAAGUGCUUUAAAAGUCAUGUCUCAUUCACGUCUCCACCCAUCUUUUGAGUUAGGCUGUUGUCAUUUCCAUUUUACAGAAUGGGAACUGAAGCCAUGAGACUUUGGCUGGGCUCACAUGACUCCUCUCAUGUCCAAGUCCAGAACUCUUACUUUCUUGUUCACUCUGGUUUCUGAUCUGUUGUAGACAUCUGGCAGCUCUGUGUAAUAAUGAGAGUGUUCUUCUUUCAGCUGUAAUCCCACCAGAUGUUGCAAUUGCACUAAAAGAAACUGGCUUACCUUCCCACUGUGCUAUGUAAACCAACAUGCAGUUUGCAGACUGGGUUGUAUGAAAUUGGAGCAGGGCACAGAGGUUUUUGUUGUACCUUUUGUGGUGUUACUGCAGAAGGAGUCCCCUUUCUUUAAAAUGAUCAGGAGAAGAUCAGGAGUAGUUGAUGUGAUGCUCAUCAGAUGUUGCUCAGGGAUGAUGGGAGUCCCCAGCAUCUGGAGGGUACCAGGUUGACUACUUCUUUGUUGGAUAACUAGGUGUUCCCCUUUAAAGUAUCUAGAUCUGUUUGUCUUUGAUGAUACAAAACAUGUCUUCUUUUUCAGGUGGCAAGAAUUUGGGUAGUUAUGACCCAUUACAUCGAAAUCCUUCAUACUGUGGAGCUGAUAGAACAAGUUUUUGGGAGCUAAAGAAGGUACCGUUUUUUCAUGAACACCAGGAAUUUCAAUGUGGCUUUUGUGGGAGGGAUUCCAGACAACUUUAUUUUAUUUUUGCAGAAUUUUCCCUUUAACAGUGGUUUUGGUAUCGUUUCAUAGGGUUGGAUCCAGAGUUAGAGUAGGCUCAUUUAAAUCAUUGGUGUAAGUUAAGUCUCUUGGAGUUCAUCAGACCCAUUCUAAGUAUGACCAAGUGUAGAGUCAACCUGUUGAACAAGUUUUAAGAGGAGAGGAGCCUUGUUCAAAGAUUAGUUCUGGCAUCUCUCUUAUGACUUUACAUUGGAACAGGUCUAAGAUAACUUCCUGGGACGCGGGUGGCGCUGUGGGUUAAACCACAGAACCUAGGACUUGCUGAUCAGAAGAUCGGCGGUUCGAAUCCUCGUGACGGGGUGAGCUCCUGUUGCUCGGUCCCUGCUCCUGCCAACCUAGCAGUUUGAAAGCACGGCAAGAGUGCAAGUAGAUAAAUAGGUACCACUCCGGCGGGAAGGUAAACGGUGUUUCCGUGCGCUGCUCUGGUUCGCCAGAAGUGGCUUAGUCAUUCUGGCCACAUGGCCUGGAGGCUGUGCACUGGCUCCCUUGGCCAAUAAAGCAGGUUGAGUGCCGCAACCCCAGAGUCGGCCACGACUGGACCUAAUGGUCAGGGGUCCCUUUACCUUUAAGAUAACUUCCACCAGCUUCAUCCAGCAUAGACGCUGCUCAGGAAUUAUGGGGUCAGGGGUCCCUUUACCUUUAAGAUAACUUCCACCAGCUUCAUCCAGCAUAGACGCUGCUCAGGAAUUAUGGGAGUUGCAGUCCAACAACAUAUGGAGGUCAUCACGCUCUCUCUCUCUCUUUCUCCCUCCUCCCAGUAGAGGUUACUUCUCAACAUAGGGGAUGGUAACAUAGUGCUGCAAAACAUUUAAAUCGACUACGUAUCAUGGGGAGUUUCCAUACUGGCACCUGUUGCUGGAGCUAGUGCAGAGCCUGUCUGAUGAGGUAGACUCAUGUGAUAAAAGUGGCACUUAAUGUUACAUCUAAUAUGUGGAGAAGUCAGUCCCAGAAACUGCCACAUGGGGGAUCAUGGCUCCUUGAUAUCUGGCUUCAAAGCUACUGAGGUAAUUUAUAUACUUCAGCUAAAUUACAGACCAAUCAAGAAGUAAGGAAUUAGUAACACAUUUAAUAACAGAAGUUGGAACGGUAAUAGACAGAACUUUACUGGUUCACUGUAAUCAGCUGAUUAUUAUGUACUGCAAAACAACAUGUUUAGUAUUUUAUCUCUCUAGUGACCUGUUUUUUGUUAGUCAUGUCAUGUUUUAUGAUUUACGUGUGUACAAUUUUGUAGCAAGAAAAUAAUAAAUACAGUGGUGCCCCGCAAGACGAAUGCCUCGCAAGACGGAAAACCCGCUAGACGAAAGGGUUUUCCGUUUUUGAGUUGCUUCGCAGGACGAAUUUCCCUAUGGGCUUGCUUCGCAAGAUGAAAAUGUCUUGCGAGUCUUGAGAUUUCUUUUUGCUUCCCCCCCCCCUUAUCUAAGCCGCUAAGCCUUUAAUAGCCUUUUAGCAGCUAAUCCGCUAAGCCGAUAAGCCUUUAAUAGCCGCUAAACCGCUAAUAGCGCUAAUCCACUAAGCCGCUAAUAGGGUUGCUUCGCAAGACGAGAAAACCGCACUCGCGGAACGGAUUAAUUUCGUCUUGCGAGGCACCACUGUAAAUAAGGGGGUGGGACCUGGAGUGAAGGUUAAGAUGUCAAUUUAAUAUGCUGUUAAUAUGGUGCCAAAAACUUGUAUUGGAAUAAGAUUUUAUAUUACAACAUUGAUUUUAUUUUUCCAGCUUUCAGAACACUUUCAUCCAUCUGUUGCCCUCUUUGCAAAAACUAUCCUAGAGGUUAGUUGAAUUUCUUACUUUUUUUCACUACUUUGGUUGCCCUUUUGGUUGUCCUGUCACAUGUACUUAAUGAUUCGGAUUGCACGUGAAUAGUAGUUUCCAGACAGAAAUGGGGGCAACAAGUAAAUGGGGGAACCAUUCUUGACACAAAUAUUUUUCCCUGUAGAAAACCAGAUUGGCUAGGGUUUCCACCUUGCUACAGAUAAUUAAAGCAGGAGACAAGGCAGUCUUGGUUCUGCCUGUCUCCCACCUGUCCUGUUGUCCACCCCUUUCUUCCCUUGUUGUGUGGCACACCUGAAAUCCUACGUAGCAGAGCAGGAAUAGCCACUGCUGCCUUCCCUCCACUGAAAGGGUUGUGUGUGAUCCAGGUUUCAGAAAGGCAACCUAUUUCAUCUUUUCCUUCGUCUGAGUAACAUCACUUAUUUGUCUGCUGAAUCCAAACACAUGUGAUUUCUGCUGCCACUUCCAUUCAUGUUUUUCUUGAUGCAAAUUGACACUAUGAAUGUUAACUUUGUUUCAGGGGAAUUACAUUGAAUACACAGGUGAUCCUCUGCAGGACUUCACCCUAAUGAGAUUCUUGGAUCGUUUUGUGUACAGAAAUCCCAAAGCUCCUAAGGGCAAAGGUAUGGACCUUAUCAACAUUUGUCAGGUGUAGCGGAUAGGGUAAGGUUAAUAACAAUUAAUUUUUUGUGUGAUUUCUUGACUUUCUAAUGCAGAGAACACCAGUAGUGUGGUAAUGCAGCCAAAGAAUAAACAAUCCAUGAGUGAUGUACGAAAUCUUGCGGGUAAGUAAGGAGCUUUCAUUCUAAAGAUUAUAGUCAGUGGUACCCUGAUAGUAAAUGCAAUGCAUUGUAAGAUCCAUCGCUUUCAGUGGAAGAUAUUUUCACAAUGGGUUUUAUCCAAUAUUGUCAUUCCAUUCAGGAAUGGAAGCAGGGCCAGUUUUUGAAAAUUCCUCCUCCCUGCAGCCUUCAUGCUGUUGUGGAAGGUCCCCCACCCUCAGUAGUAGAUGAGGGAGGCCUUGGAAGGGGAAUUGACAAACAUAUCCCCCCCCCAAAAAAAAACAACACACGUUCUGAUCCGUGGUAUCAUACAGAAGGGCAAUAACAUUUUUUUUAGCAUUUGGAUGCAGGAAAUAACAAGUGUUCCUUUGAUGUAGCUAACACUCUUCACUGUUAGAUGCCAGAAACCUUAUUCAUUUUAUCAUAAGCGUAUCAUAAGAGUGAGUCGGAAAGACAUUCUUUUUUGGGGAAAAGCAGGCAGUAAGUCACCCCCAUGUUCUUUCACACCUGGUUUGCUGUUUCAGCAAGCAGUUGGGUAAAUGAGGCUUAUAAUUUGCUUUUUCCACACUAUAUCUCCUGUUAGUUCAGUAUAAAAACAUGUAAACAAAUUUAUAUUGAUUGUGUAAGUGGAAAACCAGAAAAAUUCUGGAAGACUGUUAAACAUAAGAAGAGCCUGCUGGAUCAGGUCAGUGGCCAGUCUAGUCCAGCAUCUUGUUCUCUCGGUGGCCAACCAGAUACCGGCCGGAAACUCACAAGCAGGAUUUGAGGAUGAGCCUUCUCCCCUCCUGUGGUUUCCAGCAACUAGAAUUCACAAGCAUUACUGCUGUUGGCUGCAGAGGCAGAGCAUAGCUAUCGUGGCCAGUAGUCUUCAGUGGCCCUCUCCUCCAUGAAUUUGUCCAUUCUUUUAAAGUCUUCUAGGUUGGUGGCCAUCACUGUCUCCUGUGGUAGCAAGAUCUAUAGCUUAUCUAUGUGCUGCAUGGAUUCCUUUUAUCUUUCCCAACUCUUUCAGCAUUUAGUUUCAUUGGUUCACGUGUUAUGAGAGAGGCAGAGAACUUUUUCUCUACUUUUCUCCAUGCUGUGCAUCAUCUUAUAAACUCCUAUUAUGUCACCUCUUACUCACCUUUUCUCUAAACUAAAAAGUCCCAAACGCUGCAAUCUUUCUUCAAAGCGAGUCACUCCAUCUCCUUGAUCUAUUUUGGUUGCCCUUUUCUGAUCCUUUUCCAACUCUGUAAUAUCCUUUUUGAGGUGGAACAAUCAACAUUGCACACAGUAUUGCAAAUGCGGUUGCAUCACAGAUUUGUAUAAUAGUAUUAUGAUAGUGGCCAUUUUAUUUUCAAUUCCUUUGCUAAUGAUCCCUAGCCUGGAAUUUGCCCACUUCACUGCUGCUGCACACUGGGUCAACAGCUUCAUCUAUUAUGACCCCAAAGUAUUGUUCCUAGUCCAUCACCAUCAGUUCAGAAGUAGUAAGUGUGAAAUUUGCCCUGACAUGCAUCACUUUACACUUGCUUACAUUGGAUUGCAUCUGCCAUUUUACUACCCAUUCACUCAGUUUGGAGAGGUCCUUUUGGAGAUCUUCACAAUCUCUUUGUUUUGUUUUAACAACCCUGAACAAUUUAUUAUCAUCGGCAAACUUGGCCCCUCACUGGUUACUUCUAACUCUGGAUUGUUUAUGAGCAGGUUAAAAGUCCAGGUCCCAAUACCAAUCCCUAGAGGACUGCACUUUCUCUGUUUGGAGAACUGUCCAUUUAUUCCUCCUCUGCUUCCUACAACUUAGUCAGUUUGUGAUCCGCAAGAGGAUAGCUAUUUCAGAAGGAGAGACGUCGCAUUAAGAAAAAAGAAGGAAGGGGGAGUGAUGUUAUUGGAUACAGAGUUCAUUGUUAGACUCUCAGAAGUAGGAUCCAGAUGAACAGUUAAGGCUUUAACUCAUUAACAUUACAGCUAAGGAUAUUCAUGUUAUGUAAACACCAGUAAUGAUGUGAUAUACAAUAGUGGUUUUGUGGGACCUCUCAAAUUUAUAUUUGUAAUCCAUGUUCCCAUGGUAUCCUAUAACUACAUUUCUUCUGCCUAAGUGAUCUAAGCAAGAAAAAUUAAAUUUAGCUUGGAUUAUAUAAUAGAUUUACUUGUUCUGAUUCUGUUUAAUAUUAGGUUAUUUUUUAAUUUAAAAGUUAAAUUCCUUUUACAUUCUGAACUUUUAUGCUCUGGAUCCCCCCCCCCCAUUUUUUAUAGACUGGGUGAGUGAGGGAGGGAUAUUCAUUUUGCACAGAGAGAUUUAGUUGAUCUCACUGGAUUGAUUGGUUUUGAAGCUAGCAGCCCUAAAGACAUUGCUUAGGAAAAAUGUGUAUGACAUGGCAUUUGAAUAACCUUCAUAGCAAGUUAAUUUGAUAAACAACCAUCAGUUUUUUACUAUUUUAUUUCCAGUGAAUAGCAAGGAAUUCCUUGCCCAAGAUGAAAGCAAAAUCCCAGUAGAUGAAGUCUUUUUCCACAGGUAUUGACAUCUUUGAUUGGUACUUCCAUAUGUUCAUUGCUCUUAAUUUUGUUUCCUUUGGGGAGGGUUUAUUCUUGGAGAAGCUUUCUAUUGUUGUGAAAGUAUUACUGAAAAUCACUUCCAUACAUUUUUAUAGGACAGGGAGAUCACAGCUGGGGAAAAUGGAUAUUUCGAAUUACUAGAUAAGAUCAGUGGAGGAAAAAAGCUUUUUAUAAAUCACAUCCAUUUCUAGACAACAGUUCCUUGGAAUGUUCCAUACAUCACAGCAAAACAGCAGGGAAUUUGCCCAGAAUAACUGUGCUGUUAUGGCUCAUGUUCUUCCAUCAGGUCAUCAGCAGCACCUGUAUCUAUUAUGGGAUGCACUGGUUGGUUGCUGGUGAUUCUGUUUCAGCCCUGGAGAAGGCAGUGUACAUACAUCUGCUUGCAAAUAAGACAACUGCUUAUCUAGUCUUAUAUGACCAGAAUAAGAAUCUGGAAACGGCAGAUGAUACCCAAGCCUGUCUGGCGCAUAGCUAGACCCAUCUCUAUAACCUUUUGGGAAUGACUUGUCUGUUAAAAUGGAUAUGAAGGAAUGGGCUUUUUUGUGCUGAAAUGGGAAAAAUGCUAAGUAAGGUAGGAGAUGUGGGAAGAUCAUUACAGCUGUUUGAACGUAAACCAGAUCAAUUUUAUGUUAUCAUUUAUGACAAUAUGGCACAUCAGAUGUUUAUUGUAGUGUUUUACCAUGGAGAAGGGGGAAGGAUAUAUAACCCCCCACAAGCGCCGCGUGGCAGCGUGACUUUCUGUUAGCGUUUGGAAAGAAAUGCCCCCACAGUAGCCCUGAACCAAAGGCUCUUUUUGCCAGCAAAUGAAUGUUGUGACAUCACACUGUGAUAAAUCAUCUUGUUAUCCUGAUGUUACAGGCUGGUACUAGCCCAAUUAUCUUUAUAAUACAGGAGUGGGAAACCUUAGGCCUGGGAACCAUACAUGUUCCUCUCGGCCUCUCCAUCUGGUCCUCAGAAUGUUCCCCAGGCCACACUCUUCACUGAGCCUGCUUUGCAACCCAGAUGUUUUUGUUGGGCUGGAAAGUGUCCUUGAAUUCUAAUGCUUCUUGUCUGGAUAGAACAUAGAGAGGGAUGUGGGAGUCUGUGUAGAAACCAGCCUAAAGCACAAAGAUAAAAUUUACAUGAAGUGCUCCUGAAAGGUGGUUGCAAUAGGAAGUAAUGACUUUAAAACAGUAGGAAAUUGCUUGAUGCUUAGGCAAGUUUAACGUCUUGAAAUAUCCUUAUUUUAUAAGUUCAUCAAAUCAGGAUGACUUAAUAACCAUGUUUUAUAUGAAUGUGGAAACAUUUCUUUUUUCUUCUUAAUACGCAGAUUUUAUAAAAAGUUGGACUUGGAGAAGGAGAAAAGGAAACCUGCGAGAGAUGAUGAAAGUGUGGAAGAUGUGGAUGAUGAAGAGUUUGAAAGAGCUUUAGGUAAGACUUGUUCCACUCUGUCCCAUUUUUCACCCCAACCAGCCUGUAGUUAAUCAAAGAGAUGUAGGGGACUUUGGCUUCUCUUGAAGAUGGGUAGUAAUCCUUUGGCAGUUCUUCUAAGACUGGUCAGUAGAUGGAACUCAAGGUUAUGUGAAUUUCCAGUUCAAAGAUGUGGGUGGGGAGAUGAGCCAACUCAAGCUAAACAGCUGCUUACACUACAGUGUUGCCUGGUUGCUCAUCUGGUAUUUGCUCCUCUAAAAUUCCAGAUUUGAUAUUUGGUCUUGGUGGGUUGUUAGGUGGCAGCUGCUUCAUGCAAGAAUAUAGGGCACAUUGCAAAUUAUAACAAAUUGCACUUGGAAACAAUUUGUUUUAAAUACCAAAUAAAAAUGUUUUGAUUUUGCCAUCUUCUUUCUUUCAGAUUCAUUUGAACAUGAUAGUUAUUUUGAUACACUUGUCAAUGAGGACCUUAAUUUUGCUGAGUAAGUUUUUUUUAAUGGGAAUAAAUAAAGAUAUGAAGUUAAGAGUUUCUGCAUGGGCACCAUGAACGACUUGAUAAAGCAAAUAGAGUAAAUGGAGUGUAUUAUGUAUGUGCAUUAUGUCACAAGGCUCUUCUAAAACUUUGUGCUCUGUGGGACAAAAGUUUGUUAAAUAUACCUCAAGUGUAUUCAGAAUCCCCCUUCCCUCCUGAAAUAUGGCUACAUUACUUCUGCAAUUAUGAAAAAAUUUCUGUGUAAAAUGAACAGCCAGACUUCGUCUCCCUUGAUCUCCUUAGUCAUGAUCUAGUUUUGGGGAGGAGGAGAUUUGAGAACCUGAGUUGUGACUCCUAGGGGUGAAGACAGUUGUGAAGAUCAGGGCACCUUCUUCCCUUUUCCUUGGGACGCAUUUGUAUUCUGCCUUAUCUUCUACACUGGCCUGCCCAGUAACUUUUGGCCCGCCAGGUGUCAUUGUACUUAGCAUGGCCAAUAGUUGAGGACGAUGGGAGUUGUAGUCCAAAUGCAUCUGUAGGGCUGCAGGUUCAUCCUUCAUACUGUUAAGUAUGUUGUGGAUCAAUCUAGCUGCUUUUAUCCUGCUGCCUGGCAAAUAUACAUCUAUCUAUCUAUCUAUCUAUCUAUCUAUCUAUCUAUCUAUCUAUCUAUCUAUCUAUCUAUCAUCUAUCUAUCUACUAUCUGUCUAUCUAUAUCUAUGGGAGAGAUGAGAACCCUGCUGCUGAAUGGGCCUGAGCUAACUUAUCUUGUAGGUUCCACUCCCAUUAGUAUUCCUUUUUCAUCCGUAGGCAUGUAUUAGGAGGGUGGUGUAAUCUACCUGUUACUUGCAAUCAGGUAGUAGUUUAGAGUGAUGAAAGCUGCAACCCAAUACACAGCAAGUGGGAAUAGGCACUACUGAAAACAAUGGGGUUUAGAAUUGCAGAGUCAAUGGCAUGAUGAGAUAUAUCUUCUGAGCGAUUGUGCUGCUUUAUAUGUAAACAUGGAUUGAAAUAGUUUACUCUUAAAUGAAGGAAUCUCAAAGGAAAGCUCAACCACAUUUGGCUUCAGAGACCAGUUUUUCCACAGAUGGAUCACUUUGGGUUCCUUCCCCCUACCCCAUUUCCACUCCCUCUUAGCUGAACAGUUUGGCACCACACAGCACUUCCCCCUUGCUGGCUCACAAAGCAGGCAAAGUGAUUUUCACAUGCUCAUUGUGUGCUGGUGUUCCCACUGCCUUAAAUUUCAUACACUCUGAAAUGUUAGUAUUACAAUAAAACAGGCUUUUGGGUGGAAUACUGAUAUGCUAGGAUCUUGGUAUAUUAUAUAAGGAGUUUAUAGCAGAUUUCAUUUAACAAUUCCCUUGUUAUUUAGCAUUGUGAAAAUAUCUAUAGAGUACUUUAUGAACUCAUUUAUUGUGGAAAUACUCUUCUUAUGUGGCUGAAAAUUUUGGAGUGACCCUAUGGGCAUUCAUCCAGUAAAACCCCAUAAACCAGCUUUGCAAUUUGCUUUUCCUAGAGCAGGCAGUUUUACUGGUUGAAAGAGAAUUGAUCAAGUAAUGGUCUAGUAUUUUGUAAAGCUGCUAACAUUCUGUGCUGUAUCCAGUGGUAUUGUCCUGUUUGCACAAUGUCUUUUGCUUCCCUAAUGGAACUUACCCUCCUGCCCCCUGUAAAAUCCCCCUAAAUCUAUUCUGUGGCAUGCAAGGAAAGGAGAUGAAGUGGGAUUAUUCUAUGGAUAGAAACCACCAAAACCUGUUUAGUUAUGGUAUAUGCAUUAGUUUUAACAAAAUUUGAGUGUUUUGUUUAUAGACUAAACACUGUAUUGCUUGCUGUUUGUUAUCUUUCUAAGCAUUAUGAUAAAGUUGGAUAGGUGGAUUUUCUAAAAGCUUUUAAAAUUGUAUUUUUAAAUCAAAUUCUAGUAAUAUAAAAAGCAAAGGGAAAAAGAAAAGCCAAAGUGAUGAGGCAGCAUUGGAUGAUUCAGAGGAGGAUGAUUUUGACGACCUUGAUGAUGAGGAAGUGUCUCUGGGUAGUAUGGAUGAAGACUUUAGAGAAGAUCUUGAUGAAGAUGGAGGGACUUUUAUGGAUGUCUCAGAUGAUGACAAAGCUCCAGGUAAAAACACGAAUGCAAUUACUGCCAAAUUAUUAAAUUGCUUGUUUUGUUAAAACACAGAUUUUAAAUGCCAUAGGUAGGUAGCUAUUUUUAAACCUACUUGUUUGCCUUAGUGUUCCACCAGAUAUUUAUGUGAUUUAGCUGGAGCAGAAGACCACAUAAGUUAGGUGUUGUGGUGGACAGAUCCGAAGGAUGCAUGUGCCAAGGCUGAUAACGAAUCAUCAGAAAUAAGUGUUGCAUCUACUCUUGCAUCCUGUAGAGCAGUGUUUCCCAAACUUUAGUCUCCAGCUGUUUUUGGACUAUAACCCCCAUCAUCCCUAGCUAGUAAGACCAGUGGUCAAGGAUGGUGGGAAUUGUAGUCCAAAAACCGCUGGAGACCCAAGUUUAGGAAACACUGCUCUAGAGCCUAAUUUCAUGUUAACAUUGGGUCACAUUAACACUGUUGACUAAACUAAAAUGACAGUAAUUGCACCAAGCUGUAGUAUUUUUAUGUGCAACAAGCAUGGUUGAAUGAUUGGUGCUGUCCUAUUGCAUUUUCAGUAUUCAGAAACACAGUGUAGAAACGUCUGAGCUGACUAGGAGUAGCCGUUUUGUGGAGUCUGUUCAUAGGAAGUCAGAUAACCACAAUGUUUCAGGCAGUUGGUUACUUUCUCUGCCCGAAAGCUGAAAGUGUUUUCAUAUUGACAAAUCAUCCGUUUUAUGAUGUAGUCUGAGUAAAAGUUUUAAUAGCUUUCCUUUUUGAUAGAUGACAAUAAAGAGGAGCAUGUCAAGCCUGCCAAUAAGAAAGGCAAAAGAAAAAAAGAAAUGGAUUUUGCUGGAUCAAUGAAAGGUAACAUAAAAGACCUCUUAAUAUUUGAUAAAAACUGAGACAGCCUUGGGUGUCAGAAGGCUGAGGGGUUUUGUAGCAGCCUGCCUCUCUGCUAGAAAUGUGACUUGUCACUAGUCUGCAGUCUUUUCAUUCAGAAUUGUGAAUAGUUUCUGAGAGCGCCAGGGGUCUGUAUUAGCUGUGCUGGCUAGAUAUAAGGCACUUGAGCUUCAAUCCUAUAUCCUCUUUCCUAGAAGUAAGCCCCACUGAACUCAGUGGUAUUUACUUGUGCAUUUAUUUGUAUAGGAUUGCACUGGUCAUUAAUAGACCCAUUAAAGGAAAAUGAUGCAAGAGACAGAAUUUACUCUGCAGAAUUUACUCACCUAAUCACAUUGACUUUUAACAUUCUGUGUUGGUUAGUGUCCGAAAAUCUGCAUGUCCAGUUUGAGGAAGGAGAGGUAGGAAUGAACUAUAAAGUAUUAAGAAAACCAGAGCAGUGUGUAGUUGUUAUGGGGGAGACAACAUGUGGUAGUGAUAGAAAGUGUGAUACAGUACUGUAUAGAAAGUGCACUUAUUCUUCGUCAAGAAAUAAUCCAUAUCAGACACAGAAAACCAGAUGGAAAGGAUUAGUUCAGUUUUCAGCAGGAUAGUGUUUUCUUUCAGCUGUACACCUGACAAAGGAUAACUGGUUUAGAACUUGAUUUUAAAAAUGCAAUGGUUAGAUGAUAUUUGCCCAAGCUCUUAAAGAACUAGCAUGUAAAACUGCUAAGGUACUUUAUAGUUAGCAAAAUCCCUUUCCUUACCUAGAGGAAUAAGUGGUAGACUGUUUGAUACCAGGGACAGUGCUGUCAAGAAAGUUAGAGAUCAUUUGUUUAUAAAACAUUGAGAAAAUGUUUUUAAAAGGAUGGAGUUUUGAAGUAUAGCACCUUGUUGCAGAUAGUGUAGAAGAGCCUGAGAAGUUCUUGGGAGUCUCUUCCUGUUUCCUGCUCAAAUCCAUUCCCCACCCAACACACACUUUGCGUUUUGUUCUUCAUGUAGAAUAAAUAAUUGCAUAUUAAUGUUUUAAAGGGUCAAAAGAAAACAAGAAAAGAAAACUCAAAGACACUGGCAUCCUUGCUACUGCAGAAGAGGUAGGUGCCACCAAGUUUUCUAUUUUUUAAAAUGUGUUUGGUCUGCUGGUUAUCAAUGUACUAAUCAUCAUCUUUCUUUUGAAGUUUGGUUCCUUGCUGGAUGAAAACAUUGGGUCCAAGUUUGAUAGUAUUGGGAUGAAUGCAAUGGCUAACAAAGAUAAUGCAAGUAAGUGAAUUUUUCUAUGUUCAGCAAAUAUAUUUACCUGUCAGGCAUUCCAAAUGCUCAUGUGAUGGUUUUAAAAAGGUAUUUCAAUUAGUUUCAUUUGAAACAAAUGGAGGAGCAUAUUUAUUUGAUUUCUAUCCUGCUCUUUCUCCCAGUUGUACCUUCUCUUCCCCAGUGCCACCCCUGUGUUCACUGCACACUUCAUGUCCCCAUCUGUCCUGUGUUGAGCAGGAAAGUCUGAAAAGAGCUUCUAAGUGUGUUCUAAAGGGUGCUUCUAAAUGCCUUCUAAGGAUUCCUGCUCAAGAGGAAGUUGAUUCACUCCAGUGCAUUUAGAAGCCCUCUUCAGACCUUCAUGUUCAACUCGGGAAGGUGGUUGGGAUGCAUCUGGAGCACACAAAGCCUUCCCACUUUGAGCCUCAUGGGAUCCUGCUGGAUAGGAAUCCAGAGGGCUUAAGAUUCCAGUUAUAUCCUCCCAUAUCCAAAAAUUACAUGGAUAACCCAAUUCCAGCGUAUUGCAUUAUUUAUAGGAUGACUAGAAACUGGCAUUUGAACCUUACAGAACAAGAGAGAACUAACUCUUGAUGGACUUGACAGUCAUAUAACUAGCUGUUCAGUCUACUAAAGUAGAAUUAGACCUUUGUGUAUUAUCUCCAGCAGCUUUCUCAAAAAGAGAGCUGCAUGGUCAUUGCAGAAUCUUGUCACUUCCCUUUUUCCCAAUUACUACCUCCCACUGUGAACUUAGCUUAAUUUUGUGCAGAUUAUUCUUGUCUUAGUCCUGUAGUCUAAAACACCGUUUAAACUUCUGGAAAGCUUUCUGCAUCUAAGAAAUUACAGCAAGUUCAUUAUGCCUGUAGUACAAGUCAAAUGCCAGGGUAAAUUUGCCUGCACCCUUUGGCCAGAUGAGAGCCUGUGCUGUAUGGCAGCUUGUAAGGACUGUACUAAUGUUUUACGCAGCAAUUUCAAGCAGAUUAAUGAAGAUAGGUCCUAAGCAUUUAUACAUCCAGUAGGGCCGAGUUUGUCACUUUUAGACAAAGUGGAUCACAAUUAGGUACUUAAGAUAUUAUUGGAACAUCCCAAAAUGGAAGUGAUAACUGCUAUGUCGCCCAACACACAGAGAAGUAUUGAUCGAGCUGGGAGCACAGUAAGCAAACCUCCUUAAAUGCCUAUUCUAGGUAAUCUUUUUGAACAGACUGUUCAGCAUGCUAUCAUAAGUGGGCAAUCAUACGAAGCAUGUUAAAUGGAAUUUGAAAUAAAUUGCUUGGUUAUGCACCACCUCAGAUUUCAGGGGUGGGUAGGUGUGUCAAACAAAUAUUUUGCUCCAUCCCUUUUAUGCAAUGAUUCCACCCUGUGUUUUAACUUACCAAAAAACAUGCUUCUUUGGAAGCUAUAUGAUCAACUUAAUUUGCCAAUGGUACAAUGGAUGAAAUUUACCAAAGGCAAUUCGUUUAUGGAAAUUCCAGUUGUACAUGGUAUGUUGCUGGAUUUUGGGCUCUUGCUAAUAACUUUUUAAAAAUCCUUAAGUUUGCAUUUGUAGAAAAGUAUAUCAUGAUUAGCACUGAAUCUUCAACUUGAUAUAAUUCAUUCCUCAUUGGCCCAAAUUACAUUUAAGUUUGAAAAAUGUAAGUUGUUUGAGACAAGAUGGACUGUUGAAGGGAGGGAACUUUGUAUUUAUUUGUACAUAAAGCAUUUUGUGUUUUUUAGGAUAAAACAUAGCAGAGAGUUUGUCGGUCAUGAAUCUCUAACUCAGGCAGUAUUCUUUGCAUCCAUAAAACUCAAUGCCAGAUUUUCCCAGGAUGUAGUCACUCCAAACUUAUCUAUGUGCUCUCUGUUUUCCUCCAUUAGAUGUCAAACAGCUCAGGUGGGAGGAAGAACGCAACAGGUGGAUACACAAUAAGGAUGUGAAGAGCAUCAUCAAGCAGAAAAAGAAGUUUAGACACAAAAUGCUGAAAAACAAACACAAAAGUAAAAAGACAAGAAAAUAAAUAUGAAGAUAUUUAAUGUAAACAUUUAAAAAAUAUUUCUACUUACAAUUAGCUUUUGCUGAUUAACCAUGCUGCUUGAUCUUUCUCCCUUUUUUCGUGAAAACCAGCAUAUUCAUUACAUUUGUAAUAAACUAUGAAAAUAGAAGAGAGUCUUUUUUAUCUUUUGCACAACUGAAUGAAGAUUGACUUUUGAAGAUCUAAUUUUGAUUGAAUAUAUCUUUCUGAUAAAAUUGUAGUAGGAUUUCCUUUUUAUCUGCACUUGAAUGUUUUGGCUUUUUUAAAGUGUUGGGGAAAAAGAAUUACACCAACAUUAAUUAUCACAUACCUUCUAGGAUGGAUGGGUAUCUCCUGUGCAUUUUUUGUCUGAAAUCUGAGAAAAUAAAAACGUUA